GGAGGAGAAAAAGAGGGAAGUAGUGAGUGACACAGUGUACAGUCCAGCACUGCAGCCUGUCAAAACGACAUACCACCCGUUUGUGAAUAAAAACCGACUUAUCGUCGAGGAUCUACUCUCAAAGAUGUGUAUAGAAGUUGGUGGUUGGUCAUAAGAGGAGGUGAUGAUGAAAUCUUCUGCAGGCCAGUUCCUCAUUUGGCCUCAAAGAGUUUCGGAAUAGGUUUCAACGGCAGCUCAACAACGGCAACAGCUGCAACGACAGACACUUCUGCUGUGGACACACACAAGCUCUGACAGGAUGUCAUCCCAGGAGGGAGAAGAGCCGCCUCCAAAUGGCAGCCAAUCUGACAGCCGCCUGAAGAGCAAGAAACCGCCCAGCCUAGUCAUAGCCAUCCCUCCCCCUGAGGACCAGCGAGAGACAACUUCCCACGACCCUGCGAAACAGCCACUUCGUCCGUCUCUGAAGAAAAGUGUGAGUGGGCAGCCGACCACUCCCAUGACAGAGGGCAUGAGCGAAGCCGGGGACCCCAGCUCCUUUGCCAGGGACCGGAGGGCGAGGUUCAGGAGACAAACUUCACUCUCACAGAGCAUCCGCAGGGGUACCGCCCAGUGGUUUGGGGUUGGCGAGGGCUGUGAGACCAAGCAGCAGGUAUGGCACAGGAAGAGCCUGCGCCACUGCAGCCAGCGUUAUGGCAAGCUGAAGCCCCAAUACAGGGAGCCUGAGAUGGCCACCAGCAUAGACCAGGGCCUGGACUCACCAGCCACACACAAGAUGCCUAAGAUUGUGGACCCCUUGGCACGAGGACGAGCCUUCCGUUACCCAGAUGAGAUGGACAGCCGCCCGCCCAAGACGCCCCUCACCGCGCAGGGGGUGCCGGUCACCCCAGGGGUCACCUCCCUCUGCUCCCUCACCAGCCAGCGCUCUGCCUACAACCGCUUCCCCAGGCGCAAGAGGGAGUCUGUCGCCCGCAUGAGCAUCAGAGCCGCGUCCAACCUGCUGAGGGGUCGUAGUGGCUUGGCGGGAUCCCAGACAGGUCGCAGUUUCCCCAGGAGGAGCUUCGCCAGGCCCAGCUGGAUGGACGAAGACACCGUGGACUCAGCAGACACAUCCGAGUCGCUUUUCUUCAGCAAGUUGGACGCCCAUGACGAGCUGUACUCCAUGGCUGAUGAUGUGUUUGAGUCACCCCCCAUGUCAGCUGCCUUUGCUCCCUGCGAGCCGCCAGACCAGCAGUUCCCAAGCCUUCCCUUCCCCUCCCGGCCUUCUACCCUUCCUCCCUCCCCCAGAAAGGACGUAUCUCACACACCCAAGACUCCAAUGGUGCUACCUGAAAAGAGCCAUCCUCGUCGGGGUCGUCGCAUUGCCUCCCAGGUCAAGCACUUUGCCUUUGACAAACACAAGCGCCAGUAUGGCAUGGGCGUCGUGGGCAAGUGGCUGAACCGGCACUACCGACGCAGCCUCAGCAGCAAUGUCCAGAAACAGCUGGAUGACUUCCACAGCCACAGGCCCUACUUUACCUACUGGAUCACUUUCGUCCAUAUAGUCAUCACCCUGCUGGCCUGCUGUACGUAUGGCUUCGCCCCUGUGGGGUUUGCCCAGCACUCAACAUCUGAACUGGUGCUGAAGAACAAAGGCAUCUAUGAGAGUGUCAAAUACACCCAGCAGGAGAACUUCUGGAUUGGCCCCAGCUCUGAGGACCUCAUCCAUCUCGGGGCCAAGUUUUCACCUUGUAUCCGUCGUGACUCACAGAUAAUCAGUCUCAUCCAGAGGGCCAAGGACCUGGAGAAAGAGUCUGGCUGCUGUGUGCAGAAUGACAACUCUGGAUGUGUGCAGACCCUCAGCUCUGACUGUUCUGAGACGCUGGCCACCUUUAUAAAAUGGAACAAUGAGAAUGUGGACAUUGCCAGGUCGUCCGGCUCAGUCUGUCACCAGGACCCCAGAUUGUGUGAAGAGCCCGCCUCUGCAGAGCCUCACACCUGGCCUGAUGACAUCACCCAAUGGCCGCUGUGUACAUAUCCCCGAAAGUGGAACCACACAGGGUACAGGCACAUGGACUGCAACAUCAAGGGACGGCCUUGCUGCAUAGGAACCAAGGGCAGAUGUGAGAUCACCACCAGAGAGUAUUGCUCCUUCAUGCAUGGUUACUUCCAUGAGGAGGCCACACUCUGCUCACAGGUGCACUGUCUGGAUGAUGUGUGCGGCUUGUUGCCCUUCCUCAACCCUGAUGUUCCUGACCAGUUCUACCGUCUCUGGCUCUCCCUCUUCCUCCAUGCUGGGCUGUUGCACUGCCUGGUGUCGGUGGUCUUCCAGAUGACCAUACUGAGAGAUCUGGAGAAGCUGGCUGGUUGGGUUCGCAUCUCCAUCAUUUACAUCCUCAGUGGGAUCACUGGGAACCUGGCCUCCGCCUUGUUCCUGCCCUACAGAGCUGAGGUGGGACCAGCAGGAUCUCAGUUUGGUCUCCUUGCUUGCCUGUUUGUUGAGCUGUUUCAAGGCUGGCAGAUCCUGGAGAGGCCAUGGAAGGCCUUCCUCAAGCUGCUGGGCAUCGUCCUCUUCCUUUUCCUGUGUGGUCUGCUGCCGUGGAUCGAUAACAUUGCCCACAUCUUUGGUUUCCUCAGCGGCCUGCUUCUCUCCUUUGCCUUCUUGCCCUACGUCACCUUUGGGACUUUUGACAAGUACCGGAAACGUGUCCUCAUCGUUCUCUCACUGGCGGGCUACAUAGGGCUGUUCUCCUCACUCAUUGUUUGGUUUUACAUCUACCCAAUUCACUGGCACUGGCUGGAGCACCUCACCUGCUUGCCCUUCACAAGCAAAUUCUGUGAAAAGUACGACAUAGACCAUGACAUUGACCGGGUAGUGCACUAGUUAAAAAGCUAGUGAUAAAGCCUCAAGUGGCCCCCAUUAACAUUUAGCCAAUGACCAGGUCAGUGAUUUCCAGGUCAAGUCAGUGGCCUUUUAAGAAUGUGGCAAACAUACUGUAUUGGUGUUUUAAUUAUUCCAACAUCAAAGGAAUUGAUAAGGAAUUGAGUCUCUGUGAUUGGGAAUGCAUCGGUCCCUUAUCAGCCUACUUUAUCGCAUAUUUCCAUAAAACUUUAACUAACCUUUUUAAUCCUCACUUGAGUCUGGAACUACCUAGCGUUUUACUUUGCUAUUGGGCUAACAGAUCUUUAGCAUCAGAGGGAAAGAAGAGACUCUCUGGGGACAAAAACUGCAAGGAGCAGGAAGAACCUAAAAGAGAGAAGAUUCAGUGAGAAGCUGUUUGGUCUCUGGAGUCCAUGGAAAAUCAUGCCUUGAGGAAGUUUCAAGGCCUCGGUGCCUCUGGCCUAAAAUUAUUUUCAGCAGACCCCUGCAAAUGCCUGGCAGGAUAACUGAAAGGUGAAGCUGAUGAGGACGACUGAUACCAGAGAAACUAAAGGGUCAUCAUGCUUGUCAUAAUCUAAUGAUUUAUUAUACAACACAUGCCUCCUCUUUGCCCCUUUUUGUUCUCUGCAGCACUUGAUUUAACACUACAAAAACAGUCAUCUUUGCUUCUCUGUAUUUUAACAGUCAUGAAGUACAUUUCAUAUUUAGAAACCAUUUUUACAUUCAGUCUUUUUAUGCAUGUUUCUGGCAUGCCAAUAUUAUUUGGAGCAGUUAAAUGUUAUGCUGAAAGUGAAAUAAGUUUUAAGUAUUAGCUGUGUGGCCGGAAUACGUAGAAAGGAAUAUGUACUUGAAGAACACAAAUGGUCAACUAGACCUAAGGCAAGAAUUCAAUCUAAAACCACACGUUGCCUUAAAAAAAAAAAAAAACUAUGCCGUUUUGCAGAAUUGCAUCAUUGUCCUUUGGAUACUUCUUGUGGUCAACUCAUA